AUGAGCCCAUCGUCCAAGGCCAUCGGCCAGCGCAAGGUCUCACCACCCAGACCGACCUACAUGAAUAGCGACCAGAUGGCCAGUUACUUGAAAGACUUGCGAACCAACCGUCCAGCCCGACCGACUGGCUCACGACCCUAUCCAGGUAAACCGGCGGCAUCGUCUACCGACACCGAGGCGGGUCUGCCUCCUCGCGCCUCCUCCGCAUUUUCCAUGUAUCGAACCUCGGAAAGUCCUCCCAAAGAGCAGCCUCGCAGCGGCAGUGCCCUAUCCCACCGACGCACACAUUCCAAUGCCGCCGAUGGUGGGCCGACAGGCCGACCUCUGGUUCAGGAACCACGCUCGGUGUCGGUACGAAAGAAUGCCUUUCCCUCCCAAGUCUUCUCGCGCCCGGUGCCUCUGUCACCCAGUCCAUCGGUGCAUUCUUACCGGGAGAACAAGCAACGGCACCAAGAAAAGGAGGAGGCCCGAAAGUUAAGAGACGCACUACAGGAACUCGAUUUGGAAGAUGAUAUUCGACUACAUCAGGCAGCUCAGGAUGAGGCGACUGAAUUGGUCUGGAUGCACCAACAUCCGGGCGUAGAAUUCAAAAACCCAUAUGCUCCAUACCGUAACCCAGACAUCGCGGAUAAGAACUCUGUGAAAGAGAUGAUCCCACGACCUUUAUCGUUGAAACAUCGUGAUUCCGUCGUUUCAAGCGGUUCGUCGAGCAGUCCACCGAGCGGACCCUCCAGUCCUGAUUUCACCAGAAGCAAGUCAGCCUCGUCCGGAAGGAGGCGCUCAUCGCUGGCAGGAGCCAUCAAAAAGAACCUCAAGGUAAACUUCGCAUUGCCAGAGGAGGAAGAGAAGGAGAGGGAGGAGGAGAAGAAGAAGAAGGGAAAAGAGACGGAUGAGCAAGAGAAGCACAAGCCAGUGGAAGAGCCAACGCCGAAGGCUCGAACAGUCAGUGGUGACUCGUCCAAGGGGGUGUUUUUAAAUCCCGAAGAUCACAUUUACGAAGAGUCGCCUCAAACAUCCGACACGAAAUCCGACUUGUCCAAAUCCGACUCUUCUGCUCUUCGCAGCAAGUCACGCAAUGCCCUGCCACGUUUUGGGAAGCCGUUGCCCUGGUUGCAGAAUCGUGGUUCCAAUGGUUCGGUGCGCGAUAGAAUCUCCAAGUUUGAUAUCCACAAAAACCCACCCACCCAGACGCAUAAUCCCAGUUACACUCAAAAUGAGCCUUCGCCCUCACCGCCGAGAAGGAGCAGCGGUGAUGAAGUUCCCAUGAAGGACGGUAAAGAGAUCCGCAGCGACGACAUUCGCGCGGCGACCAGCAAAAGGCUCAAGGAUCGCAGUGAAAAGCUGCCCAUGCCCUCCGCGGUCAGUGACCGCGUCGGCCGGCCGAUUGUGAGCUUUGAUCCCAAAUGGCAGUCGAAUGACCAGCCUCGCCCCAACUCGCAGCCCGUCGCGGUGGUCCCUCCUGUGCCUAGCAUAACGAUAGCUCCUAGUAUUGAAGUCACCGAGGCAGAGACAUCUCCAUCGGUUCCCGUCAUCAAUAUCCCUGAUAUUAAAGAACCCACCAUCUCAGAGAUGCCCAAGCCCGCUCAUCAGCAAAGCACCACAGUGCAGUCCAAGCGCGCGGCGUUUGAACAGAAUCAGGAUCGCCAGCAACCACCGAGACGGCCGGCGAUGGAGAUGAGCAGUCGCACAUACACGCCCUACUCCCGAGCCGGUGUUCCAACCGCACGCUGUGAAGCGUGCUCACUCCCAAUUUCGGGCAAGAUAGUCACGGCAGGAGGGUCACGGUUCCACCCGGAAUGCUUUACCUGCCAUCAUUGCCAAACUGGCCUGGAAUGCGUGGCCUUUUACGAGGAGCCUCAAGCAUCUCGGGACGAGCGGCUGGCCAAUGCUUCGGAUGAAGAAUCACGAGUUCCUCGAUUCUACUGUCAUUUGGAUUUCCACGAGUUCUUCAGUCCUCGCUGUAAGAGUUGCAAGACUCCCAUCGAGGGCGAAAUCGUCGUGGCCUGUGGCGCAGAAUGGCAUGUCGGCCACUUUUUCUGCGCCGAAUGUGGUGAUCCUUUCAACUCCACAACGCCCUUUGUGGAAAAGGACGGGUUCGCAUGGUGUCUUCGCUGUCACGGCCGUCGCACGGCACCACGAUGCUUAGGGUGCAAGCAGCAUGUCCUCGACGACCUCGUCAUCUCUGCGAUUGGUGGACAAUGGCAUGAGCGCUGCUUCGUCUGUCAUGAAUGUGGUGAUGGAUUCGGACCGGACGGUCGAUUCUUCGUCCGUGAAGGCGAGCCCAAGAGGACUGCCAAGGGCCGUAUCAUUGGCGGGCCAGUGCAAUUAGCUGUCUGUGAGCGAUGUGAAGGUAUCCGCUUGCGGGCACCUGGCAUGUGUUGA